AUGUAUCUGUCGGCCUUAGAUUAUGUUACAAUUACUUUCUUUACGCUCGACUUAUUACUUCGAAUUAUAUUCUGCCCUAAUAAACUGCGAUUUUUCUUUGAUAUGGUCAAUAUAGUAGAUACAAUAUCAUUGAUAGCCGUGUAUUCACAUGUAAUCGUCAAAUUGUGUAUUCCAAAUGAAAAAUAUAAAGAAAGUCUGGUUGAUAUAAUGGAAGCUAUACAUUUACUCCGAAUUUUAAGAUUACUGAGAAUUCUACAGAAGAUGCGCGUGUUUAGAGUAUUGGCUUACUCUCUAAAGACGGGAUAUCAAGAAUUCAUUUUGGUUAUAUCUUUCUUUUCAUUUGCUGCUGUUACAUUUGGUUGUUUGAUUUGUCAUUUAGAUGGUAAAAAUAAGAUACUACAUAUUCCUGAUGGAAUUUAUUGGGCUGUGGUGACGAUGACAACAGUGGGAUAUGGUGAUAUGUAUCCAAUGACUUUCCUCGGAAAAGUGAUUGCUGGGUGUAUGGCUGUACUUGGAAGUUUAAUAUCAGCGUCUCUAAUUCCAGUAUUUGUUAACAACUUUCUUUUUUUCUACACGAAUUCAAACAAUUUAUCAUUAGAAACUAAACCCAAAGCAAAGUCUAAAACUCGUGUUGGGUGUACUGGAAAGCCGAAGUUACAAAAACCCAUUUAA